AUGAGGAAUACAAUAUUCCAAUGCCCUCGGUGGCACUUGGUCCAGCUCCUCUUCCUCACCUCCGCGGCCACGGCUACCAUAAUCAGCGUCGGCGACAUAUCACUCAGUCUGUCCAACUUCCAGCUCAUCACUGAGCUUUCUGUGCCGCUGGGCUGCUUGUUGGCGUACAACAGUCCCAUCAUAGGAUGCCGAGCGACCGACUUUGAGAACUCGAGGACAUGCUCGGCCAAGUGCACGCGUGGGUUGACACGGACGCAAAACAACGUCCGGGAUGCUUGCCAGGCCGUACAGGUGCAGGCCAACACGAUACUUGGUCAGGCUCUAGCAGGGAAUUUGAUCAACUUGCUCUGCGACUAUCAAGCCCAGCACAACCACAGUGCUGCUGCCCCCAACCAGCACCGUCAACCCGCCGCCGCCGCCGCCGCCACCACCACCACCACCACCCUCUACUACUUCUGUCAUUUCACCUCCGCCACCGCCAACCAUCACGUCAGCGACAUCAACGCCGACACCGACUCAGCCUCCUCCUUCCCCUCCCCCUCCUCCCCCUCCGCCACCGUCGGCCACAGCAGUUCCGCCGGUCUCCAACCCCGUACCACCGCCGCCGCCGCCGCCUCCGCCGCCUCCGCCGACAACCGUUGUCACAACCACGACCGAAAGCAAACCAGCACCUCAGAGCACUUCCACAAAGCCUCCGGUUAA